AGCGUGGCCGAGGGACUGAACGUGCCGCGCUCCAAGCGGCUUUUCCGCGACCUGGUGAGCCUGCAGGUGCCCGAGGAGCAGGUUCUGAGCGCGGCGCUGAGGGAGAGGUUGGCGCUCCUGCCCCCGCAGGCCCGAGCCCCGCCUCCGAAGGAGCCCCCUGGGCCAGGGCCGGACAUGACGAUGCUGUGUGACCCAGAAACGUUAUUUUAUGAAUUUCCACACCUGACCCUGGACAGUCUGCCCGCUCUCCGCCUUCAGCUCCGGCCCCGCCCUUCAGAGGAUACCUUCCUCAUGCAUCGAACGCUACGGCGAUGGGAAGUGUAGACCAGGAGGCGCCCGGAAUUGCUUGUAUUUUUGUGUUGAAAGUAACAUAAUAAAGUGGUUUUGCUAACAA